AUGCUGCAGCUGUACUGUGGAGCCAUGCUGGAGCUGUACUGUGGAGCCAUGCUGCAGCUGUACUGUGGAGCCAUGCUGCAGCUGUACUGUGGAGCCAUGCUGCAGCUGUACUGUGGAGCCAUGCUGCAGCUGUACUGUGGAGCCAUGCUGCAGCUGUACUGUGGAGCCAUGCUGCAGCUGUACUGUGGAGCCAUGCUGCAGCUGUACUGUGGAGCCAUGCUGCAGCUGUACUGUGGAGCCAUGCUGCAGCUGUACUGUGGAGCCAUGCUGCAGCUGUACUGUGGAGCCAUGCUGCAGCUGUACUGUGGAGCCAUGCUGCAGCUGUACUGUGGAGCCAUGCUGCAGCUGUACUGUGGAGCCAUGCUGCAGCUGUACUGGCCUGGAGCCAUGCUGCAGCUGUACUGUGGAGCCAUGCUGCAGCUGUACUGUGGAGCCAUGCUGCAGCUGUACUGUGGAGCCAUGCUGCAGCUGUACUGUGGAGCCAUGCUGCAGCUGUACUGUGGAGCCAUGCUGCAGCUGUACUGUGGAGCCAUGCUGCAGCUGUACUGUGGAGCCAUGCUGCAGCUGUACUGUGGAGCCAUGCUGCAGCUGUACUGUGGAGCCAUGCUGCAGCUGUACUGUGGAGCCAUGCUGCAGCUGUACUGUGGAGCCAUGCUGCAGCUGUACUGUGGAGCCAUGCUGCAGCUGUACUGUGGAGCCAUGCUGCAGCUGUACUGUGGAGCCAUGCUGCAGCUGUACUGUGGAGCCAUGCUGCAGCUGUACUGUGGAGCCAUGCUGCAGCUGUACUGUGGAGCCAUGCUGCAGCUGUACUGUGGAGCCAUGCUGCAGCUGUACUGUGGAGCCAUGCUGCAGCUGUACUGUGGAGCCAUGCUGCAGCUGUACUGUGGAGCCAUGCUGCAGCUGUACUGUGGAGCCAUGCUGCAGCUGUACUGUGGAGCCAUGCUGCAGCUGUACUGUGGAGCCAUGCUGCAGCUGUACUGUGGAGCCAUGCUGCAGCUGUACUGUGGAGCCAUGCUGCAGCUGUACUGUGGAGCCAUGCUGCAGCUGUACUGUGGAGCCAUGCUGCAGCUGUACUGUGGAGCCAUGCUGCAGCUGUACUGUGGAGCCAUGCUGCAGCUGUACUGUGGAGCCAUGCUGCAGCUGUACUGUGGAGCCAUGCUGCAGCUGUACUGUGGAGCCAUGCUGCAGCUGUACUGUGCCAUGCUGCAGCUGUACUGUGGAGCCAUGCUGCAGCUGUACUGUGGAGCCAUGCUGCAGCUGUACUGUGGAGCCAUGCUGCAGCUAUAUUGUGGUUGCAGCACGAAUGUUUUAGCUCGACCGGGAGAAACCUCGCCUCCGUCGCCCAUAGGCGAUGAGAAGGAGUCCAAGAUGAGCCAAAUACAAUUUUCAGCACCUUUAGAUAAACAAGAUAGCACGGUGUGGCAGAAGCGACAGCAGGCGGUGUGCGUGCGGCACGCGUUCAAGCACUACGGUUCUAACAAGCGACCCAACCAUGUGCUUAGCAACCUGAAUAUGACUGUCGCUAAGGGGACGAUAUACGGCCUCCUCGGCGCGUCCGGUUGCGGGAAGACCACGCUGCUGUCAUGUAUCGUGGGCCGGCGGAAACUGAACAGCGGAGAGAUAUGGGUGCUCGGGGGCAAGCCGGGCACGAAAGGUUCAGGAGUGCCGGGCAAGCGCGUGGGAUACAUGCCGCAAGAGAUAGCCCUGUACGGCGAGUUCACUAUCAAAGAAACUAUGAUGUACUUCGGCUGGAUAUUCGGUAUGGAGACGCGGGAGAUCGCGGAGCGUCUGAGAUUUUUGCUAGACUUCCUCGACCUUCCCAGUAAAGACCGCAUGGUGAAGAACUUAAGUGGCGGACAACAGCGUCGUGUUUCCUUCGCCGUGGCCCUAAUGCACGACCCUGAGCUCCUAAUCCUCGAUGAACCUACCGUUGGAGUGGACCCUCUACUGCGUCAGUCCAUCUGGACUCACCUCGUGCAAAUCACCAGCUCCGGAGACAAGACUGUCAUCAUCACCACCCAUUACAUUGAAGAGGCUCGACAGGCACAUUGUAUCGGAUUAAUGCGAAGCGGCCGACUGCUCGCCGAGGAAUCACCACAAGCUCUUCUCACAAUGUACAGCUGCAUCUCGCUCGAAGAUGUGUUCCUUAAACUCUCUAGAAAGCAGGGUCAAGCCAACCAAGUGGUGGAGCUCAACGUUUCGGGCGGAGGCUUAGGGCUGAACAAGAUGUCGAAGAGAGAAGAAGCGCCUUACGCAGCUGAGGACACGCACGUAGUGGGUCUAAACUUCCACCAGAGCAAGGAAGUCCUAAUCAUUGACAACGGAGCUGGCUCUAACGGCGAUCUUCCUGGCAAAGUGACUGAAGUAGUGACCACCGAAUGUGAGGAUUGUGGCAGUUGUUUCAAUUGGACCUCGCGGGGAAAAAUCAAGGCUUUAAUUCAGAAGAACUUCCUGCGGAUGUGGCGGAACAUCGGUGUCAUGCUGUUUAUUUUCGCGCUGCCCGUCAUGCAAGUCAUUCUUUUCUGUUUGGCCAUUGGAAGAGACCCUAGCGGACUUAGACUUGCUAUUGUCAACGAUGAUGUGAACGUCAUAGAUGGUUACUGUCCAUACAACUCAUCGUGUUCGAUGAAGAACCUCUCUUGUCGAUACUUGAACCAUCUGAAAAACCAGUCCAUCAUAAAGGAGUACUACUUCGACGUGGAAUCCGCCAUACAGGCGGUGAGAGACGGCGACGCUUGGGGCGCUCUUUAUUUCAACGAGAAUUAUACGGAUGCUCUUGUUGCUAGACUAGCUCUAGCGGACACGGCAGACAACGAUACGAUUAUGUCAUCCGAGGUGCAAGUGUGGUUGGAUAUGUCCAACCAACAAAUAGGACUUAUGCUCAACAGGGACAUACAAUUCGCAUAUAGAGAUUUCGCUCAGGACUUACUUAAAACGUGCAACUACAAUCCGAAAGUGGGUGACAUACCAAUCGACUUCAAGGACCCAAUAUACGGUGACAACAACCCCUCGUUUACAGACUUCGUUGCGCCUGGAGUUAUUUUGACAAUCGUGUUUUUCUUGGCUGUGGCACUUACAUCGUCUGCUUUAAUCGUGGAAAGAAUGGAAGGUCUUCUGGAUAGAUCCUGGGUGGCUGGAGUUUCUCCUGGAGAAAUUCUAUUCUCUCACGUUGUGACCCAGUUUGUUGUGAUGUGCGGACAGACUGCCUUGGUCCUCAUCUUUAUGAUCUUGGUAUUCGGUGUCAAGAGCAAUGGAAAUAUCGUUUACGUCAUCAUGCUAACAUUGUUGCAAGGACUCUGCGGGAUGUGCUUCGGUUUCGUGAUAUCGGCUGCAUGCGAACUUGAACGGAACGCGAUCCAACUUGCGCUCGGUUCUUUCUACCCUACAUUGCUGCUGAGUGGAGUGAUCUGGCCAAUCGAGGGUAUGCCUUGGGCUUUGCGAUACAUCGCUUUAUGUUUACCACUAACGCUCGCAACCACAUCACUACGUUCGGUUCUGACUCGAGGCUGGCCUAUACAAGAUCCUGACGUGUACAUGGGCUUCGUGGCCACGUUGACUUGGAUCGCACUCUUCCUUGUUGUAACGCUCACAAUAUUACGUUUUAAGCGUGGAUAA